GCGGCCGAGCCCCACGCGCCGGCCCUGCCGCCCCGCCGUGAGCAGAGGGCGCCGCCCCGAGCGGGGCAGGACAGGCUCGGCGGUUGGGCCGUGUGCUGUCCUGCCGCUCCCUCCCACACUGUGUACUCAGGGGAAGCCAGAAACUCUCUCGUCAUGUCGGCUGCGGAGGCGGGGGGUGUUUUCCGCCGAGCCAGGGGCAGGACCCUAGACGCGUUUCCCUCAGAAAAGGAAAGGGAAUGGAAAGGCCCAUUCUACUUCAUCCAAGGUGCAGACCCACAGUUUGGACUAAUGAAGGCCUGGUCCACUGGGGACAGUGACAGCGGUGGUGACGAUUGGGGCGAGGAGAUCCGUCUAACUGAGCAAGCUGUUGAGGCCAUCAACAAGUUGAAGCCCAAACCCAGGUUCUUUGUUCUUUGUGGGGACCUCAUCCAUGCCAUGCCAGGGAUGCCCUGGCGGAAGGAGCAGACUGCGGACCUGCAGCGAGUGCUCGCAGGCGUGGACAGCGACAUCCCGCUGGUGCUGGUCAGCGGCAACCAUGACGUGGGCAACACCCCCACGCCCGAGACUGUGGCGGAGUUCCAGCAGACCUGGGGGGACGACUAUUUCAGCUUCUGGGUCGGGGGUGUCCUGUUCCUCGUUCUCAACUCCCAGUUCUGGUACGAUGCCUCCCGAUGCCCCGCCUUGAAGCAGGCACAGGACCAGUGGCUGGACCAGCAACUGAGCGUCGCGGGCCAGCGCAAGUGCCAGCACGCCAUCGUCUUCCAGCACAUUCCACUGUUCCUCCGCAGCAUCGAUGAGGGCGACGAUUACUUCAACCUCACCCAGUCCGUGCGGAAGGAGGUGGCCGACAAGCUCACCGGAGCAGGUCUUCUGGAUGUAGCAAGACCACAGAGCCAGCCAAACACAGCGCAAUGAAGACUAGCCACCACCCUGGGUUCAAAGCCUGGACCCAACACCUCCUGAGGAGUCACUCCUGCAACCUGAGUGUCCGGUUCUUCAUGUCUUAGGUGGGGAUGGAAAAGCCAAACUCCCCCCGUGGGAGCAAGCAGAGCAGCUGGCCCCGUGAACAGCCACGUCAGGUGCGCGCUGGCCACACUUCCCUGGAAAGCAGCCGCCCCAGGCCCGGCUUCCACGCUUCUGCAGGGGCCUUUCUGGGUCAGGCGUGAGAGGAGCGGGUUUCUCUGCGCCAGGAUGUCCCUGCCCCCCUCCUCCUCCACGCAGAGCAGGCACAACACGCUGCAGCGCCGAUGCUACUUUUAGCCCUGAUGCAACAUGACAGGCCUCGCGUGCUCUGGGGCGCCCCUGUGAAGAGGAGCGGCAGCAGGGAACGGGCAGGCCUGGACCCUGCAGUCAGGGGCUCUGGUCUGGAAUCUCGGCAAGUCGCUUCAUCUGCGACCCACAACCUGCUCACCUGUCCAACAGCAGCAGCUACCUUUCUGGGUCGAGGCAGCGCACAGAAGGCCUAGAACGUGGUUC